AUGGCCGUGCAGAGGCUGGUGGCGGCGGCGGUGGCAGUGGCCCUGCUGUCCCUGGUCCUCAACAAUGUUGCAGCCUUCACCCCCAGCUGGGUCCUGCAGGCGCUGGAGGACGGACGCAAGAGGAGCGUGGGACUAUGGAGGAUGUGCCCCACGGGUGGAGAAAGGAGCCGUGAUGAUCUCCAGACUGGGAGAAGGGGGCAGGGGACUCAGAGGCAGUGUGAGGGCCUGGGAUGGGGCUCUGAGUAUGCAGGAUACCAAGAAUCCCGCAGCACUGUCAAAUUGCAGUUUGACAUGAUGCGAGCAUGUAACCUGAUGGCGACGGUGGCCCUGACUGCCGGUCAGCUGAUCUUCCUGCUGGGCCUGAUUGAGCUGCCCUUCAUCACACAGGAAUCUCAGUGGUGGGAGGAGGCUAUUGCUGCACUCUUCCAGCUAGCCAGUUUUGUGCUUGUGAUUGGACUUGUGACCUUCUACAGGAUCGGGCCCUACACACAUCUGUCCUACUCCUGCUACCUGGAUAUAGCUGCUUGCCUGCUGGCCACAUUGGCUGCAGCCAUGCUCAUAUGGAACAUUUUACAUCGUCGCGAUGACUGUCUUGCACCUCGGGUUAUAAUCAUCAGCCGCUCACUGGCAUCGCCUUUUCACCCUCGAUUAGACAAUGACUAUGUGGAGUCGCCAUGUUGAGUCACGCCACUUAAGCAGCCAAGCAAAUAGUGUUGGACAUCAUGAGACUCAGAAGAGAAGAGGACAUACCUGUUGCUCUACAGCUGGGCCAACAUGAACCUGCUAUUGUAAAACGUAUGACAUAAACGAGAUUACAGAAUUAAUUUGCUGCUUAGUGCACAGUUUAACUCAAUGUUUGUAUGAAGCAGCCCCUAAAAUACACACAUUUUCAAAUGUGCGCAAUGUUUCAUUUACCUAUGAUGAGGUAGCUCAGUACUGAAUCUGGACUCUCUGGUCUAUGGAACACCCUAUGAAUGAAAAGAUCAAGCUGGAACUUGAUUUAUUCUGUUAGAUGGGCACUUAAUGAAUGGCUUCCUGUCAGAUUAUAAAUUGGAAAUUAUAAAUGUUUUUAAAAGUUAUAACAGAUUACCUCACACUUUAUAUAUAUAUAUUACUAUUAAAGAUAUAUGUUAUAAGUAAGAAGGUAAACUAACAAGGUAAACGUCAAUGAGUCAAACUUUUAAAUAUGGCACUCAGAUCAGGGAACAUUUCAAACAGACAGUAAGAGGUGAUGUUUUGAUCAAAUUAUGCUGUGGCAAUAAAUACUAUGGAAUUAAAAUGGCCUUUCAAUUCA